CCAAAGUCUGGCUGCGCCCUGCUGACAAGACCUCGCCUGUUUACAUUACGUUGCCAAAUCCUUAGCGACCUCUGGAGCCAUUUUGAUGCGAGGCUAUUAGAACAGGGUUUGCGAAUGAUUAAUAACCCUGGGUACUCAAUCGAACUGGUCCCAGUCUGGCUUGUAGGAUGUGGGACCUGCGCUCAGACCCUUCGUUUCCUGAAGAACUGCGAUGCUGGAAGUGAAUUGGUUUCUUUUUUGAAGUCUAUGAAGUCCCAAUGCAACAGAUAAUAUGCAAAGGCAACAUUUGGUGUUUGAAGCGAUGUGUACCCCUUGUUCCCUUCGCUUAACAAAGGUCAUCAUCGUAUGUUAUUUUAUGAUGGGACCGUACCAUUGCUUUGCCUCCCAGAAGAAGACAACCUGCUAUGUGCAAGACGGCAGAGCUGACUGCAGCCACCUAAGCCUCAGUGCAAUCCCUCCAAACCUCCCCAGGAACAUCACCAGCCUGGAUAUGUCUCACAACAGAUUGGGGGGGAUUCCCCCUGAGUCGCUAAACCCAUACCGAGGACUCCUCCAUCUCAAUGUCAGUUACAACAGUAUCACCAAGCUGGACGAGCAUUUGUGCCAGACACUGCCCCUGCUGCAGACACUGAACAUAGAGCACAACGAAGUCCAUUUGCUGAAGAAGGAGGAUCUGAGCUCCUGCACCAGUUUCAUACGGCUAAAUAUGGGCAGUAAUAGGCUAAAGCUUCAAGGAGAGCCCUUCUCUGCACUGAAGAACCUGAAAUUUCUUGAUGUGUCCAUAAACAAACUGCCAUCAGCCAAGCUCGGCUCUGAGCCUCAGCUGCCCAGCCUGAUUAACCUCAAUCUGGCAUUCAAUUACUUCACCACUCUGAAGAAAGAUGACUUUUCUUUCCUUAACCAUUCUUCUUCUCUACAAGUCCUAAAUCUGUCAUCUGUGUCUCUAAAAACAUUGGAGCCUGGUUGCCUUAAGCCCAUUUCAGGCCUACAUACCUUAAUAAUGGAUGGGAGCAAUAUGGGCACUGCGGUUAUUUCCAAACUCUGCGCAGAGCUGUCGGGGACAGCCAUUGAUGCCCUGUCUCUUCGGAAGAUGAAUCUGGUUACGCUCACAAACACGACCUUUACGGGGCUGCAGACAGCAAAUCUAACCUUUCUGGAUCUGUCCCAUAACAAAAUAGGCAAAAUUGAGGAAGGCGCAUUUCAGUGGCUGUCCAGACUUCAGACUCUAAUUUUGGCCUACAACAACAUCAAGCACCUGACGAAGGACACAUUUAAGGGGCUCAAAAGUUUAACAAAACUCCAACUGACAAAAGCUCUGGUGAAAAGUCCUACCUCUUCCACCUCAAUUAUCGACGAUUUCUCCUUCCAACCAUUAAGCACCCUGGAGAGUUUAAUGUUACAAGAAACUGCAGUUCGGGAAAUCACAGAGCACACCUUUACAGGCUUGACAAGUCUUAAAGAACUUGAUAUGAGCUGGAGUACUUAUACAUCGCUCAGAAUCAUUACUAACAAGACUUUAGUCUCACUUGCCGGAUCACCUCUCAGAAAGUUAAAUCUGAUAGGAACAGCUAUAACACAGAUUAAUCCUGGAAGCUUCUCCAUUUUUAGAAACCUCACCACUCUUCUUCUAGAUUAUAAUUUUAUACAGCAAACUCUCACUGGCAAAGAGUUUGAAGGCCUAGAUCAGGUUCAAGAGAUUCACCUGACCAAUAACCGCCAGAAAUUGAAACUCAGCCGCACUUCAUUUGUUCAUGUGCCCAAUCUUGGGCUCCUGACUUUGGGAAAAAGUCUUAAUGCCACAGGUUCGAAACUGGAUGUGGAUCCCUCUCCAUUCAAGCCCCUGUCCAAACUUACCUUCCUGGAUCUCAGUAACAACAACAUUGCUAACAUCAGAGAGAGUAUGUUGGAGGGGCUUGUGAACCUGAAGGUGCUGAUGCUCCAACACAAUAACUUAGCCCGGUUGUGGAAGAGUGCCAACCCAGGUGGCCCAGUGUUGUUUCUCAAAGGGGCACAGAACCUGAAGACCUUACAGAUGGAUAGUAACGGGCUGGAUGAGAUCCCAGAGGGGGCUCUGAGAGGUUUGAGUAACCUCAGUGAACUAAGCCUCACAAACAAUCUCCUAAACAGUCUUAAGGACACAGUUUUUGACGAUUUGACAUCAUUGCGGGUUCUACGUUUACAGAAGAACCUGAUCACCACUGUGAAGCCCGAAGUGUUCAAAAUUCCUAUGAGCAACCUCAGCCUUCUUGUCAUGGACAAAAAUCCAUUUGACUGCACAUGUGAGAGCAUCCUGUGGUUUGUGACAUGGUUGAAUAAAACCAAUGUGACCACUGUGCCAGAUCUCAUGGACCAGUAUAUGUGCAACACUCCACUUGCUUACUUUAACCACUCAGUCAUGGAUUUUGACACUCUCUCUUGCAAAGAUAUGACCCCCUUUCAGGGUCUUUACUUACUGAGCAGCACAGCUGUAAUGAUGCUGAUUGUAACUGCGCUUAUGGUGCGGUUCCAUGGCUGGAGAAUUCAGUUUUAUUGGAACAUACUGAUCAAUCGCACAUUAGGAUUUAGUGAUGCCAAACUUGAAGAGGGCAGGGAAUUUGAGUAUGAUGCUUAUAUCAUACAUGCAGAGCAAGACAGCAGCUGGGUGGAGAGGAUGAUAGUCCCCUUAGAGAACAAAAAGUGUAAGUUUUAUUUGGAGGACCGAGAUUCGGUCCCUGGAGUGUCGCAGCUUGAAUCCAUCGUGGAUAAUAUGAAAAAGUCCAGAAAAAUCUUGUUUGUCGUCACUGAAAGUCUUCUCAACGAUCCUUGGUGUAGACGAUUUAAAGCCCAUCAUGCACUUCACCAGGUUAUUGAAGCCAGCAGGGACUCUGUGGUUCUGGUCUUACUGCAGGAUGUGCACGACUACAAGUUAUCUCGCUCAAUCUUCCUCCGCAGGGGCAUGUUGCGCCCGUGUUGCAUCCUGGAUUGGCAUGGCCAUAAGGAGAGGGUGCCGGCCUUUCACCAGAAGCUCCUCAUAGCACUUGGCAUGACUAAUCGAUUGAGGGAGUGACUGUGACGCAUUGAUAAUAAUGUAACAUUUAGUCGUAAUAAUAUUACCUGAAUCUUGCCAAUUAUUACCAAUUGUGGAUUGUUUUGCCCUCUGUUAGAGUAUAUAAAUAUAUAUAUGUAGAUGUUUAUUUCAUUUUUUUAUUUGUUUCGCUCAUGCAAUGCACAACUCCCGAAAGAAAUAGAGACAAUGUUUCACCAUCGGUCAACGUACAGCUCUAGAUUACAAAUUCCAUGACCAAAAAGGAGCAGGGUGAAGAAAAAUCGUAUUUAACUGCCUCUUAUUCGAGACAUAAACAAUACAAAUAGAUGAUCUUUCAAUUACAGUUGCUUAACAUCCAAUAUUUACAGUAACAUGAGGAAAAAGAAUAAUCAAGAGAGACAUACACAACAAUUCAUCAUCAAUUAAGAAAACACGUUACCUGCCAACUUCAUUUUGUCUAAACAUUCUUUCUUUAUACAUUUUCUUGAACUGAAAGAAAUUGAUAGAACUCUUUAAAUCAUUCUGUAUAGAAUUCCACAGUUUGACACCAACCAGCGAAAUAUACAUCUGCCUUAAGGUAGUACGUUCAUACUGAUGCUUAAAAUUAAAUUUCCUUCUUAGUCCUCAUCAUCUGAGCUAAAAAAAGACAACUUUUGUAAAUUUUUUGGUUACACUCUCCUUUUUGCCCUGUGCAUAGCUAAUGAUGUUUGUGAUUCAACAAAAUCUUUUCAGCAGUAGUAGUCCUUAAUAAUCUUAAUAAAUCUGUUGGUGUGUUCUCUUGAAUCCACUUUAUACAUAAUA